CUAACCAUCGCAAUUCGCAAUGAAGAAAGGGAUAAAGUGGAAGUUGGCAGCUUCUUCCAGCUCACACCUCUGUUUCUCCUUCCUCUCUAUUUAUCUAUCGUGUGGUGUAGAGCAGAACACAAAGCCAAAGAAGCUCUUCUUCCCACCCUGCCUUCUCUCUGCCGCCAAAUCUACAAUGGCAGCGGUUGCUCCGGUGAAGGUCUACGGCCCGCCGCUGUCGACGGCGGUGUCGAGGGUGCUGGCUUGCUUGAUAGAGAAGGACGUGGCGUUCCAGCUCGUCCCCGUCAGUAUGGCCAAAGGGGAGCACAAGAAGCCUGAUUUCCUCAAGCUCCAGCCUUUCGGCCAAGUCCCUGCCUUUCAAGACGACUCCAUUUCCCUCUUCGAGUCGAGAGCAAUCUGCCGGUACAUAUGUGAGAAGUACCCCGACAAGGGCAACACGGCGCUCUACCCUGCAAACCCACUAGCCAAGGCCUCGGUCGACCAGUGGCUGGAGGCCGAGUCGCAGAGCUUCAACCCGCCCAGCGGGGCACUCGUGUUCCAGCUGGCAUUCGCCCCUCGAAUGAAGAUCCCUCAGGACCAGAAAGCCAUCAAGCUGAACCAGGAUAAGCUGAAGAAAGUGCUGGAUGUGUACGAGAAGAGACUGUCGGAGAGCAAGUUCCUGGCCGGAGAUGAGUUCUCGUUGGCCGAUCUUUCUCAUCUGCCGAAUGCGGAUUACUUGGUGGAUGUGGCUGGGAAGGGGGAGGUGUUUGGUUCGAGGGAGAAUGUCGGGAGGUGGUGGGAGGAAAUCUCCGGGAGGGAGGCUUGGAACAAGGUCAAGGAGUUGAGGAAGAGUGCCUGAGCUUGACUCUGUUUUCCCCUUUCUUUAAAGAAAUAAUGAGUGCCCUUUCUUGAUUGUGAUAAUCCUUCAAAUGAAAAGUUAUGAAUUGAUAGACGAACCACGAUUUAAUCUUUUGUAAUCUUCCAUGUAUUUUGUUCAUUGUAAUGGGAGUGGCAUAUAAAUUCAAUAUUUGAUAAAAGGAAUUAGUACCUGACGGAAAAAGGUUGAAGUUUUAGGAAAUGAAAGACUCUCAACCUAACGAAAAGAGAAAGUAGUAUCUCGUCUUUAUACACUUCAAGAAGAACUAUAACAGGAUUCAAUUCAACAAUCGCCAUCUACACAAUAGCACAAUGUCCUGCUAAGAGUACAUAAAGCAUAUCAUACUUUCAGUCUAGAUUUGGUUUUACACUUGAUUGAUUUAUCUAAAAGGAGAAGGAAGUCGUGUUAUGUGAAAAACUUCAAGCUAUCUUAAACAUUCCAUUCCCAGAUGCCUUUCUUUCCUACAGGCAGCCUGAAUGAAACGACUGUUGUUUCGAUUAAGUUGGACGGCGAAACUUACACAGAGAGCAACAGCAUGAUGAUUGUGCGUCUCCACAGUGUCUACAAAUUCAGAUCCUAUGAUGUUUGGAAUCUUGAUAUACAUUAUGCACACACUAGAGUUAAAAACAUAGGAAUGGCUGGCAUGACAUCAGAGGAGAUUGAAAAUCUAGUGUAAGAGUACAGAAACAAUAAGCAAACCCUGAAGCUGGCAUUGAUUUGAGGGUUAAACCAAAAGACACAUAGAAGUACAUAGGAUAGAUUUAGUAGAGACUAGAGAGCCAGGUCAUUGAUGUGCUCAAUAUAGUUAACUACGAGGG